ACCGUGGCCUCCUCCGCGUCACGUGCCCGAGAAGCGGCGCCGCGGAGAUGGCGGCGCCUCGGCGUGAGGGGCGUGCCCAGAUAGCCGGGACGGAAGAUGGCGCUACCCAUAGCGCGCGUGCUGCGUCGUUGGGGAGCUGAUUGGUUGAGGACCACGGCCACCGCCACACGGAGAGAUAUCAGUUUCAAGCUAGAAGAAAAGACAGCUCAUACCAGCCUCGCACUCUUCAAGGGGGAGACCGGUGUUAAGUAUGGCAUGGUGGGGCUGGAGCCCACCAAAGUGGCCCUCAAUGUGGACCGCUUUCAGGAGUGGGCCGUGGUGCUUGGUGACACUGCAGUUACCAGUGGUCGGCACUAUUGGGAGGUAACGGUGAAGAAAUCCCAGCAUUUCCGAAUAGGUGUGGCAGAUGUAGACAUACCUCGGGAUGGCUGUAUUGGUGUGGAUGAUCAUUCCUGGGUGUUCACCUACGCUCACCGAAAGUGGCAUGCCAUGCUGGCCAGUGAGAAUGCCCCCAUAACAGGUAUUGGCCAACCUGAGAAGGUGGGGCUGCUGCUGGAGUAUGAGGCCCAGAGACUGAGCCUGGUGGAUGUAAGCCGGACUGCUGUGGUAUACACCUUAAGGACCCAGUUCCGGGGCCCAGUUGUUCCUGCCUUUGCCCUUUGGGAUGGAGAGCUGCUGACCCACUCAGGGCUUGAUGUGCCUGAAGGAAUCUAGGGGAGGGGGGCGCUUAACUAGAGCCUCUCACUGAAGCCCCUGGGUGGGCCCUUUUAUAUGUCUAGCCCAAUUCAGUCUAGUUCUCAUACCUACUCAGCCAGCAGUAUCGGGCAGUUGUGCAAUAUCUUAAAUCCAUCUACCAUUCUUUCUUCUGUUCCUUAUGGAGUUUGAGGAGACAGCUCCCAGUUCUGCCAGACACACAUGUAGUAGCCUGAUUUUGGUGGGCACCAGUUUGGUUAUAGAGAAUUUGGGCCACUAGCCAGUCUUAGAUUUUACACAUUCUGAAAGUUGCCCUUGCUGCUCUGCUUUAACGUCCUCAUUACUAGACUGCUACUUGAGACAUAAAACAAGAGGACCCUUUCCCACUCUCCCCAUAUUUGGAUUCUACUGGUUUUGUUUUUGGGGACUCUUCCAAAUUUCUCUAGAGUGAGCCCUUUCUAACUGUGAGAGGAAUGGCAAAUUUGUCAAUGUGUCAUUACGUCUUUCGCUGGAAUACAUGGAGUCUGGACUUUCAACUCAUUCACAAGUGCUUUAUUGACUCAGUGUGCUGUAGCCUGAGAACAUGGCCCUGACCCCAGUAACCUCAGAACCAUAUAACCUAUCAGCCCCACAUAGCUGCAACUGUUCCCAUCCAUGAGUCUUUCUCCCUGUCCAGAUUCCUACACCUGAUCAAUUACAAUUGUGGAGGAGGAUGGAGAAAACUUAGGGGAUCGUUAGGUCAUUGGUACUGGGAGUUGGCAUUCUUGGGGUGCUAUCUUUUCAAAUCCUCCUUUGAGGAUUUUGUAAAGGGAUUGCGGGGCAGGUCUCACCUAACUUGUGUUUCACAGAGAGACUUGAAAAUUUUUAGUUUUAAACUCAGACAAAUAGUAUUCUCUGGGUCAUGGACUCAUUGUUCCCAAGCCCCUAAUUAGAAGAAAUGGGAACCUAUGUAAAGGAAGGUCUGAAGUAUAUUUAGUGGCUAUUACUGUAUAAAUAUACAUUCUGUACACUAUCUGGCCCCUCCUACUGGAGUGAUGGUGGCUAAACACUCCUUAUCAAGGAGAAAGGGAGAGGGCUGGGUUUAACAAAAAUAUUGAUUUGUGUAAUUAAAAUUUUAUUUGAU